AUGGAGAAGGAGGCCAUGAGAGCCAAGGAAUGCAGUUUCAAAGCAGUAAUUACACCUUGCGGCACUACCCGGUUCGGCCGGUGCCUGGCUGGAGGGCGCCGGAGAGCCUGGAGCAGCGCGCCAGGAGGCCGGAGCAGGGGGAGAAGGAGUAGGAGGAAGUGGUCACUAGCGCGGCGGCCGCCGGCCCGCAAUGGUGCUACCCUGGUUGCUGCUCGAGACUGCGCGCAGGGCGGUCCUCGGGUCCGCGGAGGCUGCGCUCUGCGCACCAACUUUUAUCUGUGGAUGCAGCUACAGGGACCCAGCAUUAACACAGCUUACCCCCAGCCCCACCUACCUAUUUUAACUGUUGGUUUGACGUCAAUAAAGGGAAACCGCCACAAUUUUUAUACUGCUAUUUCUAAAGAUGUCACUUAUAAGGAACUUAAAAACCUGUUGAAUUCUAAAAAUAUUAUGUUAAUUGAUGUUAGAGAGAUAUGGGAAAUUCUGGAGUAUCAAAAAAUCCCUGAGUCUAUCAAUGUACCAUUGGAUGAAGUAGGUGAAGCUCUACAGAUGAAUCCAAGAGACUUCAAAGAGAAGUACAAUGAAGUAAAACCAUCCAAAUCUGACAGCUAGUGUUUUCUUAUUUAGCCGGAGUGAGAAGCAAGAAGGCCCUGGACACAGCAAUAUCUCUGGGCUUUCACAGGUGUGUAGAUGAAUGAAAAAAUGGAUUGAUAAAUGUAUAAUCCAAUGUUUCAUAUAUAUUACAUUUUUAUAUGUCUAUUUAAGAAUUUCUUGUAAUUACUGUCAGUAAAGGCAGGAUAGCAAAACUAAGAGCCUCUUUUCAUCUUACUCAAAAGCAACACAGUCUUUUACAUAGGUGUAGAGUCUAAAUUGUAUGGUGAAUAGCCAUUUAAUUAUUUAUCUCUAAAUUUCUAUCAAUCUUCUGUUAUAAAAUACAGAAAAUGUUUAUAGCGGCCAGGCGUGGUGGCUCACGCCUGUAAUCCCAGCACUUUGGGAGGCCAAGGCAGGUGGAUCACGAGGUCAGGAGAUCAAGACCAUCCUGGCCAACAUGGUGAAACCCUGUCACUACUAAAAAUACAAAAAUUAGCUGGGCAUGGUGGCACACUCCUAUAGUCCCAGCUACUUGGAAGGCUAAGGCAGGAGAAUCGCUUGAACCUGGGAAGUGGAGGUUGCAGUGAGCCGAGAUCGCACCACUGCACUCCAAUCUGGCAACAGAGUGAGACUCCAUCUCAAAAAAAAAAAUGUUUAUAGCACUAUUUGAUGUAUGUUUUCAGUGCUCAACACUAUGCCAGAGGAUGGAAAGAAUGGGUAACCUGUGAAUUUUCAGAGAAGAAACAAGGAAAUUGAAUUUUUGGAAUACAAGUUGGCUCUUUCCUUGUGUACAUGCAGCCUAGGAUAGUGGAAUGAGCAAAAUAUUAAAAAUCUAGUCCUGGCACCACUGGUUAUGGUAAGGGGAUUUUUGUAUAAGUCAAUUAGUUGUUGAAUCAUUUUCUCAUCUGUAAAUUGAAAAUGGCGCUCUCCCCUGAGAUAAUGCAUGUUACUUGCCAUGGAAAUAUAAGGGUCGGGAUUCUAUGAAUUAAUUAUUAAGUAGCUUAGUAUCAUUCAAUAGUAUUCUAAAAUACCAGGUUACUUAUACUACCUAUUCAUGUAUGACAUUUGUGUUAGUAUACCUUCUAUUCAUCAAAGGGGCUAUGAGCUAGACCUGCAGAUUAACACGCAGAUGUGGCCUUAAAAAAAAAUCAAUUAAUCUGGGAUCCAGAGAAGUAGGUGAAAUUUGAACAAUGAAAAUACAUUAACAGCUUCUAAAGAUUUAUAGCAGUAUUAUGACCAGCAUGGUAGUGAUGAAAUUUGCAAUUUAAAAAAUUAAAAUUGGGCCAGUUGUGGUGGCUCAUGCCUAUAAUCCCAGCACUUUGGGAGGCCGAGGAGGGUGGAUCAUGAGGUCAGGAGAUCAAGACCAUCCUGGCCAACAUGGUGAAACCACCCCCCAUCUCUACUAAAAUACAAAAAAUCAGCCAGGCGUGGUGGCGGGUGCCUGUAGUCCCAGCUACUCGGGAGGCUGAAGCAGGAGAAUCACUUGAAUCCGGGAGGCGGAGGUUGCAGUGAGCCAAGAUUGCAUCACUGCACUCCAGCCUGGUGACAGUGUGAGACUCCAUCUCACACACACACACAAAAUAAAUAAAUAAAAUAAAAAUUAUGAUUAUUAUGGGGAUAAUCAGAACAGUGGUUGCUGUUCUAGAGGGAAGAAGAUUAACUGGAAAAGGCAAGGAGGGUGGCUCAGGCCUGUAAUCCCAGAACUUUGGGAUGCCUAGGCAGGCAGAUCGCUUGAGCUCAGGAGUUCAAGACCAACCCGGGCAACAUGGUGAAACCCAGUCUCUACAAAAAAAAUACAAAAAAAUAGCCAGGCAUGGUGGCACGUGCCUGUGGUCCCAGCCACUUGGGGGGCUAAAGCAGGAGGAUCACUUAAACACUGGAAGAUCACACCACUGCACUCCAGCCUGGGUGACAGAGUGAGACCCUGUCUCGGAACAACAACAACAACAAAAUUGAAAAACAAAAAAACAAAAAAGGCAAGGAGAGAACUUUCUAGGGUGAUGGAAAUGUUCUGUAUCUUGACUGAGGUAUUGGUACAUAGGUAUAUACAUUUGUCAAAACACAUUGAACACUUAAAUGUACAUUUUUGGUAAGUGAUUAUACCUCAGUUUAAAAAUAAUGAAAACAGAAAUGCCUAAAUGUAAAUGACUCCCACUAGCAUGGGUAUGUUCCUUUGGAAUGUUAAGUCCUACACUUAAUUAGUGUGCUAAUGCACUGGUGGCAAAAUAAACCUGUUUUCUCUUGUCUGUGCCUCUUUAGACCCAUGUAUUUUUAGACUCACUCAUGCAGUCAUUCUUGUAGUACCUAUAAGGACAAUGUCAGAAAUAUAUAUAUUUCUGUCAGUGUGUAUGUGUGUGUAUAUAUAUACGUGUGUAUAUAUACAUAUGUGUGUAUAUAUACACACAUAUAUACAUAUGUACAUAUAUACAUAUAUGCAUAUAUACAUAUGUACAUAUGUGUGUAUAUACACACAUGUAUACAUAUAUGUAUACAUAUAUGUACACAUAUACACACACAUAUAUGAAGGCAAGGAGAGAACUUUCUAGGGUGAUGGAAAUGUUCUGUGUCUUGACUGAGGUCAAGAUAUAUAUAUAUACACACACACACACAUACACAUAUAUAAGAGCCAUAAUCUCAGGGAUAAGGAAGGUUGUAGACAAUGAACCAACAUUGAAGUACUGGGCCCAUCAAGGAAUAGGAUUGUGGGUAAAUACAUCAGGCUUUUAGUCGGAAUCCUGAAAAGGCUAUGCCCUAGAAGUAGAGUUGAACCAGAAAUUCACAACCCCCACAAGAACUCAAAACAAGCUUUGAAUCAACUAAAUCCCUGAAUGAAUUAAGGUGAUCUUCCUAAUAUCUUAAGGGCCUACCAGAAGUAAAUCCUCUCUAGAGAAAGAUACCAUUAUCUAGCUAGAACAGAGGUUGGCAAUAAUCAAUCUUUUAGUCUUGUGGCCAAUUAGGUUUCUGUUGCAACUGCUCAACUCUGCUGUUGCAGCACAAAAGCAGCCACAGACAAUACAUAAUGUGACUAUUCCAGUAACUCUACUUAUGGCCACUUAGGUUUGAAUUUUAUGUUUCAUGUGUUGCCAAAUAUUAUUCUUCAUUUGAUUAUUUUUCAAUCAUUUAAACAUACAGCAAACAUUCUUAAAGGCAGACAAAAACAGGUAGUAGGUCAGAUUUGGUCCAUGGGGCAUGAUUUGUAGAUCCCUGAGCUAGAGCCACAAAUUUUCCUCACAAUUUUUCACAUACAAUUUCAGGUAUUCUAUCAAAAAUUAAUAGGCACGGCAGUCAAUAGGACCUUAUGAUUGAGAAAUAAUGGAAAAACAAGACAAGAGAAACAAAUCCACAGAAGAUCUGCAGAUUGGAGUUUUCAGACACAGACUUUAAAAUAACUGUGAUCAAUAUAUUCAGUAACUUAGAUAACAAAAUUACAGUAACUGAAAUUAAACACCCAAUAGAAGGUAGAUAGGUUUAAUGGCCAGUUAGACACACCUGAUGACAGGAUUAGUGAAAAUGGAAAAAUCAGAGGUACAUGUAUUAACAUGGAUGACUGUUACAAUGUUGAGGGAAAAAAGCAAAUUACAGAAACAUAUACUGUAUAGUUUUGUUUUUUUGUUUGUUUGUUUUUUAAGACAAGCUUUUUCACUGUUACCCAGGCUGAAAUGCAGUGGCAACAUCACAGCUCAUUGCAACCUAUACCUCCUGGGCUGAAGCAAUCCUCCCACCUCAGCCUCCAGAAUAGCUGGGACUACAGGCACGCACCACCACACCUGGAUAGUUUUUUCACUUUCUGUAGAGACAGGGUCUCGCUAUGUUGUCCAGGUUAGUCUCGAACUCCUAGCCUCAACUGAUCCUACUGCUUCUGCCUCCCAAAGCACUGGAAUUACAGGCAUGAGACACCAUGCCUGGCCAGUAUAGUUUUUAAACAUACAAAAUAUCAUAUUAUUGUUUAGGCAUAUGGACAUAUAUAGUGUAAGUAUAAAUAAAUUAUAAAAAUAUCUACUUCUGAAUGGUUUCCAAUGGGGGAAGGGAGAGGAACACAAUAGGCUUUAACAGUAUUGUUGACAAUUUUAUUUAAUAUGUUUGGUAGGUAAGCACUUAUUUUUACCUUUUGUAUGCAUGGGACAGGGACUGUUGUCCCCACUUGGCUACACUUGAACAAGACUAUAUACCUUUGGAUUCCUGGUACCCUUUUUUUUUUUUUUUUAAGAAAAAAACUUGAUAAUGUAUUCUAUUUACCCAAAUAAACAAAGGGUUAAUAAAUUAGAAUAAUGUAUCUUCUAUAUUAGAUCAAACUUACACAAUUUUAGUUGUCAUUCUGAUACAAAGAUUUAACAAAUUUUAUGUGUGUGUAUAUAUAUAUAUAUAUAUGGGUUUUUUUUUUUUUUUUUUUGAGACGGAGUCUCACUCUGCUGCCCAGGCUGAAGUGCAGUGGCAUGAUCUUGGCUCACUGCCAAGCUCCACCUCCUGGGUUCACGCCAUUCUCCUGCCUCAGCCUCCCGAGUAGCUGGGAUUACAGGCACCCGCCACCAUGCCUAGAUAAUUUUUUUUGUAUUUUUAGUAGAGACGGGGUUUCACCGUGUUAGCCAGGAUAGUCACGAUCUCCUGACCUUGUGAUCUGCCCACCUCAGCCUCCCAAAGUGCUGGGAUUACAGGCGUGAGCCACCACACCUAGCCUUUUUUUUUUUUUUUUUUUUUUUGAGACAGGGUCUCGCUCUUUCUCCCAGGGUGGAGUGCAGUGGUGCUAUCUCCACUCACUGCAACCUCUGCUUCUGGACAAAUUAUACUUUUUAAACUGCACUGACUUAUACAACAAUUUUUUUUUUUUUUAAGACAGGGUCUCACUCUGUCUCCUGGCUGGAGUGCAGUGGCAUGAUCACAGCUCACUGCAGCUUGACCUCCUGGGAAGCUCACCUGAGUAGCUAGGACAACAGGCACAUACCACCACAGCCAGCUAAUUUUUCUAUUUUUUGUAGAAGUGGGGUUUCACCAUGUUUCCCAGGCUGGUCUCAAACUCCUGGGUUCAAGCAAUCACCCUGCCUUGGCCUCCCAAAGUGUUGGGACUACAGGCGUGAGCCACAGCACCUGGCCUUAUGCCAACAAAACUCUUAUGAGUAAAACCAUUAUUAAGGUCUGUAGUAUCAGAGACCUCAAAAUGUGAAUAUACAGCAUAUGAUUUACUACAUCAUUUAAUAAAUGUCUGUUUAUUUCAGUAAUGGGAGAAUAUCACUUUUACUUUGAUAAUAUAAGGGUAGAUCAAAAGUUUCAGAUAUGUAUGAGAAAAGCCAGAUUAUAUUUUUAAAUGCUAUAUGUACUCUACAUCUCUUUCAUAAUGGAAUAGGAGAAAGAUGUCCUGAAAAAACUGGCAACAGUGGAUAGCCUCAGAGUUCUAAAUUAAUCAAAAUAUCUCAGGUUUCUUUCAUUCACAUAAUCUUUCUUCUGUGCUUAUGAUCUCAGUGGGGUUUCUUGGAUUCUGAGAUAAUGUGCCCUUUUGCUAUCUAGAAUGUGUAUGCCAUAGAAAUACUGGAUAGAGGUAGGAUCAGCAGCUAAUCUAUGAGAAAUUUUGUAUGAUUAGACACAAAAAAUUGAAUGCUUAUCCUACCAUCCAGUAAAAAACAUUUUUCGGUGCCCCCAAAAAUAGCAAUUUAUUAAUGGAAAAAUAUAAUUUUAUCACUACCACUUUUUAAUGCUACAAGUUUCUCCAGGAGCAAAGGAUAAGAAGAAAAAGAGAAAUUUUAAUAAGUUAUUAUUAUUAUUAUUUUUGAGACAGUCUC